CUUAAACCCUCACUGAGCUCUGGGCUGAUGCACUCUGAGGAAGGACCAGAGUAUCAACAGGGUUGCUGAUCUUCUGAAGAUGCGGGUCUCAGUGUUUUUCAGGGCUAUGUUGGUGGUGGUCUUGGUGGCACUGCUGCUCGGAGAGGACAGUUCUCCCUCACAUAAAAACAGAGGAAAGAAGGAAAAGAAGUCCAGGGGUGCGGCUGCACUGAGCAAACCUAACCGGGGCUCACGAGGGAAGAUGAGAAAGCUCUGGAUUAGUCUGGAUCAAGAUCUAAUAAACCCAUCUGAUUCCUCCCUCUUAUCUCCAAAUCUGUCCACCUCACCGUGGACAUAUGAGGCCUCUUAUGAUGAAUCCCGCAUCCCCAGCCGCAUCUUCGAGGCGAAGUGUGAGAGAAAAGGCUGCGUGACCAAAGACGGACAUGAAGACACCGCUCUGCAAUCCAAACCUGUCUACUACCAGAUCCUGGUCCUCAGGAGAGUGAAGAGCAAAAAGAAGAAGUACGCCCUCCGGCUGGAGAAAAUGACCAUCAGUGUGGGCUGCACAUGCACUUUACCCACCGUCAUCUCUCAGAUGUCAUAAUGCAGCUCUUUCUUCUACAAUCUGCUGUUGCUGACAGGAACAGUUCAGUUUUAGGGCCUUUUGUAUCUCUAGGCUACCAUAUUUAUUGCUUUAACUACAGUUGUGACAUAAAGUACUAGUCAACUGUUUGGACACACUUCAUUGAAUUCACGUUUUUCAGAAUUGUGAAGACAUUUUUAUCUAGAGAAAUUUCUUUCUAAGAUAAAAACAUAAAUAAUGAAGUUCGUGCCUGUGCAUGAAUGUAUAAAAAGUAAAAAUUUAAAAAUGUUUAAAAAAUGUUUUUAAAAUUUAAAAGUGUUUUUUGAAAUUGUUUGAGGGAAGCUGCAUCAAGGCUAAUGGGGCUACACUUUUAAAAAUAAAGGUGCCAGCUGGAUUCUUCUGGGUGAUGUUAUAGAAAAAAAGGUUCUCUAAAGAACCCUUAAGUGGGUGGUUCUUUCAUUUUUGUAACUGAGAUGUCAGUUUGUAAGGUUUUAAAAAUGUCCACAUAAUUUAAGGUUUCUUCACCAAUGAAAGUUCAUCCAAACCAAGAACCAAAAAAAUGAGGAACCUUUAUUUUUAAGAGUGCAGUUUGAAGAAUCUAAAAUAUGAUCUGAUGUUUUGAGUUAAAUACAUAAUUCUGUAAAUGUUUUUUUGUAUGUCCAAAAGUUUGUAGACACCUUUUCAUCCAUUUCUUGUGCAAUCGAGGGUUUUAACAAGGAGUUUGCCCCCCAUUUGCUGGAGUAACGGCCUCUACUCUUUUGGAAAGUCUUUAUACUUGAUGUUGGAACAUUGCUGUGAGGAUCUGAUUGCAUUCAGCCACAAGAGCAUUAGAGUGUGGUCAGGUACAGUCAUCCUAAAUGUACUGGAUGGAGCUCCUUCACUCUAGAGAACACAGUUCCACAGCUCUACAGCCCAGUGCUGGGGGGCUUUAUAUCUCUUUAGCUAAUGCUGGACACUGGUUAUGGUGAUCUUAGGCUCAUAUGCAGCUGCUCCAGAUUGGCGAUGCUUUUUUAUAGGAAUUUCUAUGUGCAAUUGACCACACGUGUCAGUAUUUAUAGCACCUUAGAAGGCCUGUGUGGAUACUUUUGGACAUAUAGUAUAGUUAUGAUAUGUACAUGAUUCUAAAAAAGUUUCCACACUUGUGUCCACACUUUUUUGCUGGUACUGUUCACAGAUGAGAGUAUCUGGCCACUUUUCUGAUGGAUGGACUUGGUGAAGCACGUUUUCCCAUGGCUUGAAACAUCUGAGCUUUUCUCACAAACAUCUUUUCUUCAUCAUUUUGACUCAAUACAAUGAGACGUAGACCAACGCAGAUCAAACAAAGGUAACAAAUCAAAAAUGGGUCGUUUAGUCAAGAGAAGCUUUUACUGACCAUGUCGAAACAGAGUUUAGGGCAACCACAAACAUAGGCAGCAAGUGGGGUCCAUUAUAUACAUACGCCUCCUCAACAAAUCACAUCAAUUCUCAUCACUGAACGUUAUGUCACUUUUACCACAAACACAAAGUCCUCUUCAGUCUUUUUGCAGUUCACAGGUACAAGAAAUGACCACAGUUUACGCAAAGGAUAAAACACAAUUUCAUGCCAAAACAAAGUGCACCAUUUCCAAGUAAUACUGAGGCAGCUUCUUAAACUGGCGCUUUAUUUUACACAUAAGCGUGUUUUUAUUUAACCCUUCUCUUUCUCCAUCCGGCGUGAUCUGUUGAUGCAAAGAAGGCUAUGUGCUCUUGUAUUGUGCUUAGAUUAGCAUUAGUUGUCUCCAGGCAUUAAAACGUGAACAGGCUGAUAGUUAUGAGCUUCAUAAUAAUCAUCAUGUCAAAAUAAAAUUGGCUCACAAACUGCAUCAUCAUGAGCAACAAACUAAUGCAAUGUGAGGGAAUCCUGUAUUAUUGAUUCUUUUUACUGGCUUGUGUUCUGUGUCCAUUAAAGAUCUGUGAUUAAA